AUGUCAAGCUUAGGGAAACACAAUUUGAAGGUCAUACUUGACAAUCACAUCAGCAAACCCGGUUGGUGCUGCACUAAUCUUGAUGACAAUGGUUUCUUCGGCGACAAGUACUUCAACCCGGAUCAAUGGAUCACCGGGCUAACUCGGAUGGCCACCUUAUUCAAUGGCGUCACCAACGUGGUCGGCAUGAGCUUGAGGAACGAGCUAAGAGGCCCGAGACAGAACGUAAACGACUGGUAUAAGUACAUACAGAAAGGAGCCGAAGCAGUGCACUCGGCAAACCCGGAUGUUCUCGUUAUACUUUCUGGAUUUGAUUUCGACAGAGACUUGUCAUUCAUCAAGACUCAACCGGUAAAACUCACGUUUAGUGGGAAACUAGUAUUCGAGGCGCAUUGGUAUGGAUUCUCCGAUGGGCCGCAAACAUGGGUGACCGGAAACCCAAACGAAGUUUGUGGCAGAGUUACGACAUACAUGAUGAAGACAUCUGGGUAUUUGGUUGAUCAAGGAUACCCGUUGUUCAUUGGGGAGUUCGGGAUCGACCAAACAGGAGCCAAUGUCAAUGGCAAUAGGUACUUGAACUGCUUCUUGGGCGUGGCAGCUGAGCUUGACCUGGAUUGGGCCUUGUGGACACUGACCGGGAGCUAUUACGUGAGAGAAGGCGUCGUCGGCUUAAACGAGUAUUACGGAGCCUUGGAUUAUAAUUGGUGUGCACCCAGGAAUUCGAGCUUCAUACAAAAAAUUUCAGCUCUCCAAGCUCCUUUUCGGGGUCCGGGUCUGUCGGAAGUCAAACCGCACAAAGUGAUCUUCCAUCCCUUAACAAGGCUUUGUAUCACAAGGAAAUCAUUCGACUACCGGUUGCGGUUAGGUCCAUGCACCGACUCCUACGCUUGGAGUUACUCCCCCCAUAAGACUUUACUAGUAAAAGGAACACAUUAUUGUUUACAAGCCAACGGAUCUGGGACAUCGGCAAAGCUCGGUGUCUUUUGCACCGGCUCGAGUUCGAAAUGGGAAAUGAUAUCGGAUUCCAGGAUGCAUCUUUCGACUAAGCUCGGAGAUGGUAAAUUCAUUUGCCUCGAUGUAGCGCCAGACAAGACUAUAAUCACAAAUAGUUGCAAAUGCAUAAGUAAAGACAACACAUGCGACCCUUCGAGCCAGUGGUUCAAGCUCGUGGACAGCACAAGGAGCAGCAAAAGGGUGAAACGAUCUUUGUUGCAAUAGUUAGCUGG